GAUAUCAUAUCCUCUAUGAUUGAACCCUUAAUAAAGAACUAUGGACAAUAUCAAUGAAUCUCAACACUCAUAACACUAGCAAUUUCACAUUUUUCCAAAACUUGUGUUUGCCAUGGCAAUGGACCUCUCAAGAAUCACGGUGAGGCCAUUCAAGCUAGCCGACGCGGACGACAUGUUGUUAUGGGCCGGCGACGAUAGAGUCACUGGCAAUACACGAUUGGAUGUCUGUGUGUCCAAAGAACAAGCCAUAGCAUUCAUCAGAGAUGAAUGCAUGGCGCAAGAAUUCAAAAGAUCUAUUUGUAUGGACGACCGGUCGAUUGGGAUUAUUUGGGUGAUUCCAUGGCUUGGUGAAGACAACUUCAAGGCUGAUUUAGGGUAUGCAUUAGGGUUCAAGUAUUGGGGCAAAGGAAUAGCCACAAAAGCAGUGAAGAUUGUUUUGUCACAAGUGUUCAAUGUGUUACCUUAUUUGAAGAGGUUGCAAGCUUUUACCCUUGUGGAGAACAAGGCCUCCCAAAGGGUGUUGCAAAAGGUAGGUUUCCAAAGGGAAGGAGUGCUUAGGAAGUUCUUUUAUUUCAAGGGCAACUUUGAGGAUUUCUUGGUUCAUAGUUUUUUGUCAACAGAUGAAAUUCCUCCUCUAGAUUAGUUGUUAUUAGCGGUUAUGGCUAUUUUUUUCUUGAAUGUAAUUUUGAUGCUUGUGUAUGUCACAACUGUUAUUUUGGAUGAUCAUUCAUGGGAUCAAUAUAAAAAAUAGUUAUUUUUGCUAA